CCCCUGUUUUUUUCUUAUAAGCCCUGGUUCGUUGGAUAGAGUGUUUGCCUCGCCAGUCCCAUUUGGAACAGAGCUUUGUGGGUAGCUAGUUUCGCCUUCAGCAUACUGAGCAUCAUGGGCGCCUCAGUGCAAAUUGCUGCUGCCACUGCAUCUCCUCUCCUUGGCCCAUACUGCUGCUGCUCGCUCGCUGGGACCAACUACCUGGAUUACGCAGUCCUGUUCCCUUUUCCCUACACUGACUUUCCAAACCCCUGCAAAGACCCAUCGCGUUAUGAGUGGUACCAUAUCACCCUGCAAAUACUAGACCUGUGUUUGAGUUUGGCCAUAUUCUGUGGUGACGAGCAGGACACCCAAGCACAGACAGCAAGCUCUGAAGCCGGACCUGAGGAGGCAGCGUGGAUGCAUGCCAACCUGACAAUGGGGUUUCAUUUAACAAGUGCAGAUUUAAGUGUGGAAAUCAAAUAUGAAACAGUCGUAGCCAGCAUUGUCUGCAUUCUUGGAGUGGCACUAAACUAG